AUGUGCGGCAACUCAGUUGGGCUGGACCUCCAGCAGUGCACUCGCUGCGGCGAAGUGCGUUCGGCCUCACAUUUCACUGCGAAGGACAAUCCGGAGCUGAAGACGAAAAAGUGUUUGAGAUGCCGUUGCACGCCAGACUAUUGUUGCGGUAAUUUGACCAAUGCAAAGAAGUUCUGCUGUAACUCAUCUCCUGCUACAAUCCGACUUCUGCAGUACUUCUGGCAGAUGAUGCUCCUGUCGAUGACCAUGUGUGGAGUGCUCCCGUCUGGCACAUCGUUGGCCGCUAUUGGUCGACGACUGAGCGAGAUUGUGUUCACUUCUUCGUCUAUCUGUUCAUUCGGUUCAAGCAGCGUCGUCCAUUCCUUGCUGGUGGCCAUCGCUGUUAUCGUCUCCUACUUCACUUUUAUUGUCCUCAUCUUCACUGAUUGCCUCGGAUACCUGCGAGGCCCUCAACGGGGUCGGAUGAGGAUUCAUAUCGCCCGCAAAAAGUCUACUCGGGAGCGCCGGCAGCUUUGUACAACAACUACUUGCAAACGCAGAGAGAUAUAUGGCAGAUUGUCAUGGCUUUUCGGGACUAUCGCAAGCAGGUUAUUGGCUGCGAACCGCCACUGGCUCACCUUCUCCAGCUCUCGGAGCAGUGUCGAUAUUGCUCCGGCAUCUUCGUCAUCGUUGGCGCCCGUUAUUGCAACGUCCUCCCCGUCCCUCACUCCUCAGCGUCUGGUAUCAUCUUGUCAGCCAGAGUAUCACGCUUGGCUUGGUAGUUUACAUGAUGCAUACUCAGAUACACCGUCCGGCGCUCAUAGAAGCCCUGCCUCCCAUGUCGUCCAAAUAUUUGUGAGGGCCGACGAGCGCACACUUGCCGUGUUGGUAAACGUCGACGAUUCUUUUGCUUCAUUAGUGGAAAAAAUCGCCGCUCGACUUGGACAGUCACUGGAAUUUUCGUACCUUGCGUACCACGGCAAGGUUCUUCGUUCUCAAUUCGUUCUGCGAGAUUACAACAUCCAGGAUGGGUCUACCCUCGAAUUUUUGCCCCGACUGCUUAGUGGUGCUCCAGGCAAAACCAAAGGGAAGAGAACGGCCACUGACGCCAACUUUAGAGACGUACCCGACGACGAUGAUUCUUGCGAUGAAUACGUCCCCAGUGACCAGGAUGUUAGCGACUCAGAUCUUGAGAUCGCCGAUGACGAUGAGUUCCAACCGCUACGUGAAUCUGAGGUUUUCGACGCCGUUGGUGAUGAAGAAGAUGAUCAGCUAGAGAGCCAAAGGGGGAAAGAAAUUGAGUCACUAUUUUACAGGGCUGAGAAGCUAGGUCUUCAACCAGAUCCCAGGAAGUUACGGAAGAAUAAACAGAGGAUGCGACCUCCACGUUCGAAGCCGCGCGAAGAUCCGAUUAUGAAGAUCCCCAUUGAUCGCCUAAAACAAGACCUCAAUGACCGCCUUUAUAAUCUUCUACUUGUGGUAGACAAAAAGUUCAGCAACUUUGAUGACAUCGUCGACGACAACCCAGUUCAAUUUCGAACACAGAUAGUCAAUCAUCUGCUUGGACAUCAUACACAGUCGACAAACGCUGACGAGAUGAUACAUGUGUUCUCUGCGUAUACCGGCCGUGCUUUACGUCUCGAUGCAUCACCUGUCUCAAGCUCGCUCGAAUCAAUUUAUCACUAUGCCGUCGCACCGAGUGGCCACAUUGGUUACCAUGUUGCGGCUAAUACCGUAUUGGUAGAGAGUUUUCUCAAUUUUACCAAGCGCAAUAUGUCUAUUAUGACCCUCCCACUCGCUGCAGAAAUCAUGCGGACUUGGGAUCGUCCGCUACAUUGGGAUGCCAAAAGAGUCCGCCUUCAAUGGCUCGUCAAUGCAGCAGCGAACGUGGCAAUUCUUCAAGAGAAAUAUCAAUGCCAUAGCAAGCAUGUACAAAGGCAUAAGCAAUGGGUUAAUACCAUCCGGAGAAACCGUGAUCCAGCCCUGAUGUUGGAAGCUAUGCGUACGGGACGGUCGACGAGCACUGACGCCGAGCUUGAGAGAUUCCGCAGUACUUUGACAAAUUGGGAUGGAGUCUUUAGCGGCCAUUAUUGGACAAGGAAGGGUGAUGAUGAUUUAAGCAUUUCGACGGUCAAGGAGACCUUGCUUAAAAUCGCCGCCAGUCACGGCCUAUCAAAGAAAGAAUUUCUCGCAUGCUGCACCAUAAGCGAUGGAAAUGAUUGGGUAUUCUUUCCUUUCACUCCACUAACCGCUAACAUGGCGAUCGCUAUGGGCUGGGACUGGAAAAUGCUUCGACGAUGGAGUACGCACCGCUUUUUUCGCAUCAAGCAUUGCAAUUAUUGGGCGGAAGCAUUCGGUAUAGCCGAGAUUGGUCUAUCUCCCGUCAAAAUCCUAUACUCUUGCGCUCACAUCACUUUUGAGCGCAUCGCAACGAAGAAGGAACAGUUCUGUCUUGAUGGACGAGACUUAUCGGAUAAUUUGGUGCUCAAUGAACUGGCCUGCGAAGCGAUCGUCGACCGUUUUAACAUCCCUAUUGUCCCUUGGCAAAAGCAUGCUUUUGCAGCUUCGCUCUGCAAAAAGUUUGACCAUGGAGUCGAGAUGCGGACGGGAUUCGGAGACAUCGAGGUCGACGAUCCUAUCUUUGAUCCGACGAAUUGGAAUUCGGCUGCAGAAAAGUGUACAGUUACGAUAGACACGAUGAUGAUCAAUAUGGGCAUGGUCGACUUCCAUCCAGAAACUUGGAAAACCCUUCCUUUAGUGCUUCGCGAUGUUCCCUGGCAGCAUCCACUUUGGGAUAUCGAUGACAGUUUGGGAAACCAGGUCUGGGGCCUCUCUGAGACUGUUUGCGGCGCUUUUCCGCCGCAUAGAGAAUACGACACCUCGAUCCUCCUGCCCAUCGAGGCCUGGUCUCAAGGGGGUAUCGCAAUCGAUCUCCGUUGUCGCUUCUCCGCCAACGACCCAUGCUUUGCAAUGCACCAGGCUGUUUUCGAAGGUUUGCAACGGCAAGCGACCUCGACGACCACCGUCUACAAGAGCAUACACAAGAUGAUCAAGAUUUGA